AUUUUGAACCUUCAUUUUAAGCUUACUCAUAACGACAUGACGUGGGGCCAGUCGUAUUUGGUUUUUGUUUCAAAGGGGAUGCUAUUAUUUUGAUUAUGGUGUAGGUGCUGAAAUAAAAUUUAAAAAUCAGUGUUUGGGGUAAAACCCCAAACACUGAUUUUUUUUCCAAUCUUGCACAAUGGUAAUUUGCUGGGACUUCAGGUUGCAUUUUUUUGUCAAUUACGCCUACAAAAAAAAGUGCAACACUAUUUUUUCCCACCAUAGUGUUUGUAGCAAUGGUACGGCUAAAGUGUGAAUGAAUACCUUGAUUGCGUUUCUAGGUACCUGCUUUAAUGGCCGGCCUUCAUGGCUAGCUAAACUCUUUCAUCCAGCUCCAAAUCUCUGAGCACGGGCAUCUGCGCCCACCCCCACUUUUUAACAAUAGGACAGUAGUUUCCGGCCAAACAAUUGUACCUGUGCCGAAGCUUGAAUCCCUCCGCCGCGGCCUGGCCCCUUUUUAUGCCACUCAUCUGCACACGCCAACUUUUCAGGGAGUAAAUUAAAUUAUGCCGGCUACUUUAUCUGGUUUGGAGCAAGAGCGUUCACGGGGAGGAGUUCUUGAGAAAACCUCGAUAGCCAUUAGCGUGUUCACUGGAUGAGGCUAUCGAGCUGUGGAGACUUUGUGUAUUAUAAUUAGCUGAACUACUUGACGCGGCGGCUGGUUUUGUCGAGGGGUGUACGAGGGACCCCACCAGCACUACCGCUCUCUGCUCUCUAUCCCUCGUCGCUAGAGCUCUGAUAGCGUGCGUUGUGCGCGACUUCACACGAAAGGGAGGCAGCAUAACAAUAGCGCGGUCGGAGGACGUUGCACGCGAACACGACAAUAGGUUGAUAUACACUCGUGUUCCGGUUCUGCAUAUAGCGUGCCGUUCUCGACGAGCUUAUCACGGAAUAUAGCGUGUGUGAAUCUUCGAUGAAUUAGGGUCAAAGUACUCAGUGGAGCUGCGCUGUUGUAUUGCGCUGUGAUUGGCCUGGAGUGUAAAUAGUAUAUAAGGCAGUCGGCCGAGACGAUACAUGUCACAGAUGACUCUGAGCAGAGCUUGGUAUCACAAGUUGCAAGACACUGCAAUAAAUUAAAGUCGAGUUGACUCUUAGUCGUUUUUGGUUGAGACAAUCCUGUUUGAACCAUGUUGAUUGCAACCGGACAGGCCGUCAUGGCACACCUCAUGCCAGAGGGGCCAUCGACUGUUACCUGGGCAACUAUUGUUCUCAGCAUCUUCCUCAUCAUCCUCAUCACGGAGGAGAUAAGACGCUUCUUGGUGAGCAGCUCCAGGGAGCACGGGUCCUCUUCCAAGGGACUGAAGGUGCUCCCCGGCCCUUGGGGUCUACCCUUGCUUGGUAACAUCCUCCAGCUGGGGACUGCUCCUCACGUCACCCUCAAGGAGAUGGCUCGCAAGUACGGUGACGUCUUCCAGAUUCGCAUCGGUAGCCGUCCGGUGGUGGUCUUGAACGGCUACCAGGCCAUCCGCCAAGCCCUGGUCAAGCAGUCCAUCGACUUCGCGGGCAGGCCAGACCUGUCCUCCACAAGGUCCAUCCAGGACAUCUUCGGAAGCACCUUGGCUUUUUCCACUCACGGCGAGGGCUGGAAACUACAACGUAAGAUAACACAUUCCACCCUGCGUCACUUCACCUCCGGGAGCCAGCUGAGUUCGGUAGGAGCGAGAAUCAGCAGGGAGGCUUUGGAUUUGAUUGAAGCUUGGACAUCCCAACCUGAAAAGAACAACAGUGUCAGCGAAGGUGUUCAAAGCAAGCGCCACCCCUUCAACAUCUUGAAGCUGUCCGUCAGCAAUGUCAUGUACUCUUACAUCUUCGGCAGGCGCCAUACCCUCGACGACCAGAAACUGUUGGACUUUAUUGACAUGAGUGAUGCUUUCUCCGAAGCCAUCGGUACAGGCAACCCAGCUGACUUCAUGCCGUGGCUGCGGCAUUUCUCCGGAAGAAUCCACGACAGGUUCGUACGGAUGCUGCGCGAGUACAAAGACUGGUUCGGCAAGGACAUUGCCGACCACAUCCACAAGUACGAGGAAGAUUCGGAGGCGAACAUUCUGGACUAUCUGAUCACCGUCUGUCGGAGGACAGAUCAGGAGAAGAUGGAACGCCUGGGUCUGAGCGAAGAGAUCAUCACCAGCAGCGUGCAUGACAUGUUUGGUGCGGGCUUUGAUACCAUGUCUGCCGCGCUGAAAUGGGCCGUAGCGUUGAUGAUCAUCCACCCCGACGUUCAGCGCGAACUGCAGGCAGAGAUUGACGCUGUCAUCGGUCGCGAUCGCUACCCUGCCACGUCCGAUCGUGGACGUUUGCCCCUCACCGAGUCCUGUCUCCUCGAGGUGUUCCGCUACUCCUCCAUGAUACCCAUGACUAUCCCACACAGCACCACCAAAGACACUGAACUGAACGGGUACUUCAUCCCUAAGGACACAGUGGUGUUUGUCAAUCUUCAUUCCAUGCACCACGACGAAAACAGAUGGGAGAAACCGGAGGAGUUCAACCCUCGUCGCUUCCUGACCGAAGACGGCUCCAGAUUGGAUCCUGCCAAGACCGUCGACGUCAUGCCCUUCGGUGCAGGUAAGCGGCGGUGCAUCGGCUCAGAACUGGCCAGGUUGGAAUUCUUCUUGUACUUCACAACCCUGAUGCACCAGUGCAACCUUGCAGCUGCUGACGGAGUAACGCCCAAGAUGCAGCACAGUCCCGGUCUCGUGCAGACGCCCCUGCCGUUCAGCAUGACCGUUCGCAAACGGGACGAGAACCGUGAACCUUGAAGAACUCAUAAAACAUUACUCAGGUUGAAAUGAAUUGCUUAAACGGUAUAUUGUUUUGAAGAUUACUGUGAAGAAUCUGCGAUGAACAUUCGUGGUGAGUAGCAGGUGAAAAAAGGUUAACGGAUCAAAAGAAUGUGGAAGAGAGUAUGAAGAAUAUGAAAUGGUUUUGUCUACUUAUAAAUCAAUGACUGUAUUUUCUACAUGAUACAAUUUAAAGUUCAUACCAUUCGAACUUACGAUUUAUUACCUAGUUGAAGCUUAUCAGUCUUGUGCACAUGCGGCAGAUUGUUUUCGGUACGAGCAUAACAAGUAUUCAAUUCAUGCUGUACAUUUGCAAUUUUCUGCUUCAGUUUGAAACUGUGAUGUAAGAAUCAAAACAAACGGGAAGCUUUCUAAAUGAAGAUUAUGGUAUAAGUACGCAGUUUGCAGCUGUUUGUUAUUUUUGGAUAAGACUACAAUUGUUUUUUUUUUGUGUUUUUUUUUAAGUGUUUCUUGACAAUUGGAAGAGUUAUGUGAACAAAUCUUCAGUAUCGACUCGUUUCGUAGGUUGGUAUUCCCAAGUGGGGGAGGAAACUGUAGCCUACCCUAACUUCAGUCACCAACGUGGUUCAAUGAUGAUUCACACUGAGAAAACUUGAAAUGAAAUUUAAGGUUGUGCCUUAUUAAAUUUAUGAAUAAGUGUUGAUGUCAUCUGACAAUUUCGGUGUACUUCAUUUAAUAUUAUGGUUCAGGUUGUGGUAUUCGGUCAUACCUUUUUUUUAAGGGGGAAGAUUUCUAUUAUUUCGAAAUUCAGUUUCAAAACAGAUGUGUUGAACACGGAAACGGUUCUUUUUCAUGGAAAUUGUAGCUCGGCAAUAAGCAAGUUAAAGCGAGCAAUUUUGAUUAAAAUAGAUUUUUUUUAAUUUAAGUUCAGACUAUUUUGGGUCAAAUUGCCCCCAACGUCAACAUUUUUAUAAUGGAUUCGUCAUAACAGUGUAAAUAUUGGCUAUAACAUUAACUUAGCCGGAAAUUGUAUUCUCAGGGCUAUACAGGGUGAGUAAAAUAAACGAAACCCAAAUGUUGGGACCAUUGUUUCCGUAACUUGAAAAGUACA